AUGGCGCCCUCCGCAGCUGUUGAUUUAUCGACGUCCCAAAUUGCUGAAAAAAAUCUACAGCCAUUUUUCGUUCUCCACAAAGGAUCACCAAAGAAAUCUGACAAAAAAUCUGCUGCGAAAACUAGGAGAAGGAUUGACUUACCCCCUUCGUUGCCUAAAACUCUGGUUGCCGAUACUGUGGAAGGAUGCGAUGAUCAACAAUCUGAGAAAUUGCGAAUGGAAACUUUUGAUUUUGUAUGGUCUAAGAUUGAGUCCACCAUCAAGGAUGUUUUGAGGGAUAUCAAUGUUGCUGUAUUCAGUGAGAUUGAUCACUGGGUUCAUGAGUCAUUUGAUGUAGUUCGUUCAUGUGGAAUUCCUGAUCUCUCUAAACCCACUCGGUCUUAUCCCAUUGUAACUGGCACCACUUGUAAACAAUUAUUCACCGGCCUGGUCUUCACCAGGAAUAUGGAAUUCGUUGAUGAUCUACAGACAUUUACAGACCUUAGUCUACAUUUGAAGACUCGUGGAUGCCAUGUGGCUAACCUUUCCUCAUUUGAUUUCUCAUCCAAGAAUGGGAUUGGAGGUUGUCUCAAAAGUCUAUUGAGGCAGUUUUUAACGGUUAGCCUGGAUGCAGCUGAUAUAUCUAUACUAGCGUCGUGGUACUGUAAACAAGGAAACUAUGAGAAGCCGGUGGUUGUGAUUAUUAGUGAUAUGGGGAGGUGCUGCAGGUCUGUCUUGUCCGAUUUCAUCCUGAUGUUGAGUGAAUGGGUACUUAAGAUUCCAGUAAUCUUAAUGAUGGGAGUGGCAACAACUGUUGAUGCCCCGAGAAAUGUUCUUCCUUCAAAUGUGCUCCAAUACCUCUCCCCUUGUAAAUUCACUUUGGGAUCUCCAUCCGCUAGAGUGGAUGCCGUUGUUGAGGCUGUUCUUGUGAAACAAUGUUCUGGCUUCGCUGUUGGGCACAAAGUGGCAACAUUCAUGAGGAACUACUUUGUAAGACAGGAUGGAACAUUGUCCUCAUUCGUCAGAGCUCUGAAGAUGGCAAUUGUCCAACAUUUUUUCAUGGAGCCUUCAAGCUUCAUCCUUGUGGAAUUAUUUAGUGAAGAAGACAGUCAGGUUUCCUGGAGUGAAAAGCGUGCAUUGUUGCCAGAAAUAAAGCUCAAACGAGCUAUUAGUGUUCCAUCUUAUGGGAGGACUAAAAUUGCUGAAUUAAAUACGGGAAUUCGGGCUCAUGGCUUAGCAGAACUGAAGAGAUUGCAGAAAUUGUGGAGCUCUCUGUGCUUAUAUGAAGCUGGAAAGUAUCAUAAAAUUACCAUGUUAGACAUAUACUGUGAGGCACUUGAUCCAGAGUUGUACAACCCAAGGGCUUCUCAUCACCACACAGCUUUAGACAAAGACUUAAGAAUGACUUCUAGUGAUCAAUGUGUGUGUGGACAAUAUCCUAGCUUGUGCAAAGGUGGUAUCAUCUGUCAAGCAAUUCGCAGAGUAAGGGAUUUGCCACCACCAGCAUUGUGUCAGUUGCUCAAGAGUUGGGAAAACCUUACAAAGGGUGUCAAUGAGAUCAAUGAGAAGGUAAAGGAGUUGCAGUCUCUGAUGAAAUUAGAGGACAACAAGUGUUUGAAACAAGAUUUGACAGACAUAUCCAA